UUUUUAAUACUUCACACCUUCAUCCAAAUGUGAAAUUCUGCUGCGGAGCAGAUUUCCUCUUGAUAUUCCUCUAAUUCCAAAUUCCUAAUCUUUUCCUGCCAAGGUGUGUUGUCCGUUUGUAUCCUCCUCCUUGAUUCCAUAGUUUCUGUAGCUUCCGCUGAUUGAUUAACCCAAUUCGAUAUCUGAAGCCUUCAGGCCGUUUGGAUUUUUCUGAUCCAGAGUCGCAUGCUUUGAGCGAUCUAAGAAGGCUAGGUGUCCGGAUCCGUGGAAGCAAAUCUUGAAGAGGCCGUAGAAUGGCAUGGCUUGGGAAGGUCUCUUUGGGCGGCUUCCCGGAUCUAGCUGGUGCUGUGACAAAGCUUAGCGAGAGUGUGAAGAAUAUUGAGAAGAAUUUCGAUAGUGCUCUUGGUUUGGAAGAGAAAUCCGACAGUGGUGAAGCUUCUCGACUAUGGCCUUCCGCAGCAGAGAGGAAAGCACUUUUCGACCCUGUCAUGGCUUUCAUGGGGAAUAGGGGAGAGGAGCCGCGGAAUAAAGGAGAUGGGGGUGCUGUGGAAGUAUCUGAAAAAGUGAAAACUUCAGAACAUCUUGCAUCUGAAGAAAAGCAAGAUGAGCUUCCUGGUGCAGUGUCACCAAUAUCUAAAGCCGAAACUGAGGUUGUUCUAGAGAAGGAAAACCUGAUUUCAGAAACUACAGGAAGAACUGACGUUGAGUCUCCCUCAAACUCAUUGAGCAAGGCUCUAGGGCCAGAUAAGGGUCAAGCUGAACCAGAUCCAGUUUUCAUACAAGCUGAAGAAGACUUGCCAGAUCCCAGAAAAUUGCAUCUAUCAUCAGAAAACAAUGAAAAGGAGUUGAUUUCCAUUGUUGGCUCACAGUAUGCGGAAAUUAUGGGAGAAAGUUCUGCUGAUACAGAACAGGAUGAUGUUAUUGUUUUGUCAGCUCCUGAUAGUUCCCAUGAUGUUGUGGACUCUCAGAAAAUUCAUGACAACCCGGAGAAAGAAGAAGACAUGCCUUGUAUUGGUUCUCCUGGUCAUUUUGAUAUAGAUGACAGUGUUCAAUCAAGGCUUGAGGUGGAAUCUCCAGGUUCAACUCCCUCCAAUAUCUCCAAGAUCAAGGAUUUAAGUGAAGUUCUUGAUGGAGAAUCUCCUACUUCACGAAUCUCAUUGCAAGAUCCAGCCAAAGAUUUAGCUGAUUUCGGUGCCAUCAAUGAGUUGAGGGAACUAGGUUCUCAAGUGAAGGUUUCUCAAGACAGUAAGGAAACAAAUUAUCAGAAUAUGAUAGCAAGUCCCUCAGAUUCCAGAAUUCUUUUGGCUGAACUGCAAAUAGUCAAGAAAGAAAGGGAAAUGAUGGAAGCUGCCCUGCAUGGAGCUGCUAGACAAGCCCAGGCCAAAGCUGAUGAAAUUGCCAAACUUAUGAAUGAAAAUGAGAUGUUGAAGUCUGCGGUUGAAGAGUUGAAGAGAAAAUCAGCAGAGGCAGAUAUUGAUGCUCUUCGUGAUGAAUAUCAUCAAAGAGUUGCCGCUCUGGAGAGAAAGGUCUACUCCCUUACUAGAGAGAAGGAUGCAUUAAGAAGAGAACAAAACAAAAGAAGCGAUGCAGCUGCUCUCCUGAAAGAGAAAGAUGAGAUAAUUACUCAAGUUAUGGCUGAAGGUGAAGAGCUAUCUAAAAAGCAAGCAGCUCAGGAAUCAACAAUUAGGAAAUUAAGGGCACAGAUAAGAGAGAUGGAAGAGGAAAAACAGAGGAUUUACUCUAAGCUUCAGGUUGAGGAGGCGAAAUCAGAAAGCAUUAAAAAAGAUAAAAUGGCUACAGAGAAGUUGUUACAAGAAACAAUUGAAAAAAAUCAAGCAGAUCUUGCUAUUCAGAAGGAAUUUUACGCUAACGAAUUGAAACUUGCCAAGGAGGCUGAAGCACUAGCUGAGGCCCGUGCCAAUAGUGAAGUUCGACUUGAACUUGAGAGUCGUUUAAAAGAAUCUGAUGAAAGAGAAUCCAUGCUAGUUCAAGCUCUUGAGGAGUUGAGGCAGGCUUUGACAAGAACAGAACAGCAGGCUGUUGCCAAAGAGGAAAUGCUUCGUCAUGACAUUGAUGAAAUUCAGAAGCGAUAUCAGGCAAGCGAACUUCGAUAUAAUGAGUUGCUCACUGAAGUUCCUGAUUCAACCAGGCCACUUUUGAGGCAGAUUGAAGCCAUGCAGGAAACAGCUGCUAGAAAAGAGGAGGCUUGGCGGGGAGUGGAAAGAGCUUUGAACUUUCGUGUCCAGGAGGCUGAAGCUAAAGCUGCAGCAGCAGAAGAAAGAGAAAGAGCCAUGAGUGAACAACUAUCACAAAGUUUAUCGCGAAUAACUGUUCUGGAAACCCAGAUUACGUUUCUUAGAACAGAGCAAGGUCAGCUAAGCAGAACACUUGAGAAGGAGAGGCAGAGGUCUUCUGAGAACCGUCAAGAAUAUCUCAUUGCAAAGGAGGAAGCAGCAACUCUGGAAGGUCGCGCCAAUCAGUUAGAAGAUGAAAUCAAGGAGCUCAAGGGUAAGCAUAAAAAGGAGUUGGAAGAAGAAAUAUCACACAGGCAACUAGUGGAGAUGGAGCUUGAACGGGAGAGAACUACAAGGAUAGAAUUGGAAAAGGCGGCAUCUCGUCAAACUUCUAUGGCUACAAAUCAAAAUUCUUCUAAUCUGAAAAACGCGAAUGCUGACAAUGGAAAUUUCCCUCCAAGGAAGUCCUUCACUGCUAGCAGCUUGAUUGACAUGGAUGAAAGCAUUUUCUUGCAAGCUUCUCUGGACCCAUCUGAUAAUCUUUCAUCUGAGAGAAGAAGUGGAGAGUCGAACCUCUCUUCAUACUACUUGAAGAGCAUGACACCUAGCACUUUUGAAGCUGCACUUCGUCAGAAAGAUGGAGAGCUUGCUUCAUAUAUUUCUCGUUUGGCUUCAACAGAAUCCACCCGUGAUUCUUUGGCUGAGGAACUUGUUAAACUGACGAGAGAGUCUGAAAAAUUCCGAACCGAAGCUGUUCUUCUGCCUGGAAUACGUGCUGAGCUGGAUGCUUUAAGGCGAAGACAUAAUGCCGCUCUAGAACUUAUGGGUGAACGUGAUGAGGAGCUGGAGGAACUGCGGGCCGAUAUCAUUGAUUUAAAAGAGAUGUACAGGGAGCAAAUAAAUCUUCUUGUUAAUAGGAUUCAAAAUUUCAACCCUCCAGCUGCUGCAAAUUAAUCAUUCCUGGUUUUUGUUUGUGUGAACAUACUCAUACUUACUGCAGGUAACUGAUGCUGUUUGGGCUUAAUCAGACAACUAGAUUUGAAUGAAAUGCUUCAUCCCCUGAUUUAUUUCUACUAUAAUUUCUCUGCAUUUCUUUUCUAUUAUUAUUAUUUUUUUUCUUACGUGCGAUUUGAUAUUUCGCCGAAUUGGAGAUUUCUCUCAUCGAGUUUAAACCAUAGCUGCUGUAUAUUGUAAAAACAAAAGCUUUGUUAAACUAUGUAUCUUGUGGGAAUCAACAUGAUUCUUAUUUUUGCAAAAUUACUUAUUUCAAUCUCCGAGAGUUAUAAAAAUAAAUAAAAGUGCUUCUGUGCUCAGCUUAUUUUUCA